UACCAAUUCCUCUUCAAAAGAUCCACGAAAAAAAAAAAAAAAAACAGUAAGCAAUUGUUCUCAGAUUGAAACAGGGAACCGCAUGCUGAAACGUUUCGAAGUCUCAUCAAGAAUAACUCAACAAGCUGCAGUGCAAGUUUUUGAGGUGUUCAAGUGUAUUUGCAUGAUUCUAGUGAUGAUCUAGCAAGACUGCAUUAUCAACGAAAAAAAAAAAAAUCACGCAUUCUUGGAAACCCUAAUCACCUUUGUAACUUUUUAAAAUCAACCAUUUGAGAAAACAAAAUAAUGUUUCAAAAUCGGGAAAAAAGUACUGAUUUCGAACAUAAGAUCACAAGAAAAUAAGGGAAGCUACAAGAAGCUAUCAGGCCUACACGUGGCAGUCCUAGAACAAAAGGCUCGAUUAUUACAGAAAAAAAGGACGCAAAGGAGAGAACAGAAGUACUGAAUUAGCACAUACCCUCACAAAAAAAUAGAAUGAACAGAAAGUAAGAUGUGUUUUAUGUUCCCGCUAUGUGGCAGUAUUAACAUCUACGUGAGAGGGAGUCAGUAGGCUUAUAAUGCAUCAGGGGGAGGGUGAAGAGUAUAUAAGAAGGGCAAACAGCUUCAUUCCUAUUCACACCUCCAAGCUCUCCUGUGCCUGUCUUAGCCUCAGUGCUCCUCAGCCUCCAGGAAGGUACAAGAGGUCAAAAUCGAGCGUUUACCUCCUGAUUUUCUUUUGUUUUUGUAUUUGAAUUUUACUCAGCGAUUUUUCGGAGUUAGAAUUGUUUGUAUUGCUGAUUAUUGCGAGAAAUUCCUGAGUUUCGUUACUUUUCCUGGCGUUAGUUUAAAAAAGAAGAAGAAGAAGAAGAAGAAGAAGAAGAAGAAGAAGAAGAAGAAAAACUAUUCCAAAUUCAAAUUCAUUUCGACCACAGCAAAAGGAAAAAAAAGACCAAUAUGGAAAACAGACAUAUAAUUCUUGGCUUUGUAUUGAUGGUGGGAUGCUCUGUGACUCCCUCUCUGUGUUCCACGCGGAAUUAUGAGUGCCCCGUGGAGCAUGACUGCCAGGGGUACGGGCUGGAGGACCUCGGAUUAGGCACUGGUGAGGCGGCUUUCUGCCAGGGGCCUGACUCCACGCCCCUGUGCUUUGGAAUCGACACCAAUGGAACACUGAUACCGGACGGAUCUGGGAGCGGCACCACCACCACCACUCCCCCCAACACCCCCACUGACACCCCCACUAACACCCCUACUGACAUCCCUACUGACACCCCUACUGACACCCCCACUCCCACUCCCACUGAAACAACCCCUGUAACCCCAACCCCUACUGGAACCAUCCCUGAUACCACCACUGAUCCGCCCAGCCCAUCCUGCCAUCCAGCCUCGUGUGAAGGGAAAGUACCAGCUCUUGUUGUCUCUUACACUGAAGACUGAAGGAGAAGUGAUGCAAAUCCAGACGCAGUUUGGUCAGAACACUAACAUGACAAAUCGACACAAGCUUCUUGGUUUUAUGAUGAUGGUGGGAUGCUGCGUGAGGGUCUCUGGGGGAUCUCACUGCCCCGUGGAACAUACCUGUAAGGGGUACGGGCUGGAGGACUUGGGGCUGGACAGCGGGGAGGCCGCCUUCUGUCAGGGCCCCGGCUCUUACCCUCUUUGCCCAGGGAUAUACACCAAUGGCACUCUUAUAGAAGGCCCCGCCACCACCACUACCACCAUCACCGCCUCUAGCACCGUCACCAGCACUGCUACCCCCACUGAACCUGUCACUACCACCAUCAGUGCCUCUAGCAGCGUCACCAGUACUGCUACCACCACGGAACCUGUCACCACUACCAUUACUGACUCGAGCAGCGUCAUCAGUACUGCUACCACCACGAGGCCUGUGUCCACUACUGUCACUGCCUCUCCCACUGCCACUACUGUUGUGACGCUGCCUCCUGUCACCACCGUUGUCAGUGUUACGGUCACUCAACGACCAUCCACUUACACUAUUACACGCACCGUCACAUUCACGCAAACUAUUCCUGUUACUAUCAUUUCAACGUCUACUUCCACUAUCUAUCCCCCUCCUACCACACAAACGUCUAUCUCUACUCCUAUUGCUACCUUGCCCAUCCCUACCAUCUCCCCGACCCCUACCCCUACCACAACCGCCACCCCCACCACAACCACUACCACCACCACCACACAACCGCCAAUUCUAUCCUGCCAGCCAGCCUCGUGUGAAGGGAAAGAAGCUGGUAUCUAUUAUCACCAAAACUGUAACUGUCGCCUCUAUUACACCUGUAUGGAGUCACUGCUUGAUGAGACUGCGAUGAUCAUGAGGGAGUACAGGUGUGCAGGGGAUCAAGUGUUUGAUUCCGAGAGCUUUGCAUGUACUGGUGAUCUCUCGGCGUGUUUUAUGUUCUAGUAUAGGGUGAUUUAGGUUGAUUGGAUUAGUAUAUUACGCCAGGGCACUAGAUAACUUAAAAAAAAAAAAUAGACUAUAGGUUCAAGGAUGGUAUUUAAUUUGUAGCGACACACACACACACACACGCACACACAAAUUUUCUGACGCUUUUGCUACCUGGUGUUAAGAUGUACAGGUAAUACAGUGCAAGUCUUCUUAGUGGCUAUAAGUGUUGUUUUGUUAUGUAAGUGUUGAUUUUGUAUUAUGUUUGUCUAUUUAUUACACCCUAAAUUAAGUGUUUCUGUAAUUUUAUUUAAAGAAGUAGUUAUCCAUUUGUUAUCCAUUGUUUUCUUAUUUAUUGUGUUGUCUACCCAGGUCUGCGAAUGUCGGGGAAAAGAGAUAAUUAAUGUUCUUUUUUGGUCGGCCGCUGUUGUAUGCUGUCACCAAUAAAUUCCCGACCAUAUUAUCAACAAGAUACGCAUUCUUGAAAAUCCGACCAAACAUCUCUGUAGCCUUUCAAAAUAGAAGUGGUGAGAGAACAAACAAAGCUUUUCAUAAUUAUGCGAGGGGGGCCUCUCUCGAUUCCACCUCCCAUUGAAGAAAAUAAAUGUCAUC